AUGUCUGCGCCCAAAGAAGACACGUUUUCCAACGACGAGGAGGAAAUGGAGGAGAUGGAAGCGAGCGACAGUGAUGAAGAUGGGAUGGAGGAAGAGAAAGAAGAUGGGGGAGAAGCUAAAGUUUAUGUGCCCGGGAUAGAGCCUCUAAAACCAGGAGAAGAGCUUGAAAUGGACCGAUCAGCAUACCGCCUGUAUCACGAGUGUCAGACAGGUGCUCCUUGUCUGAGUUUCGAUGUGUUGAGAGAUGGAGAUGGAGAGGGCAGGGAACAAUUUCCCCUCUCAAUGCUGCUGUGUGCAGGUACACAGGCAGACUCUGCUAACAGUAACAGACUGCUUGUGAUGCGCAUGCACAACCUUUAUGGCACAGAGAAAGAUAAAGAUGGGGAAGAAAGCAGUGAUGGAGAGAGUGAUGAUGAGGAUGAUGAGGACGAAGAUAAGAAGCCACAGCUGGAACUGGCCAUGGUUCCACAUUAUGGGGGGAUCAACAGAGUCAGAGUUGUCCAGCAUGGGGGGCUGCCACUGGCUGCUGUGUGGUCGGAGAAAGGUCAAGUGGAAAUUUUUGACCUCAAACCCCAGUUGGAGGCUGUGCAUAGCUCUGCUGCCAUGGCAACAUUCCUGAAGCAGCAGCAGAAGGAGGUCACGCCCCUCUUUAGCUUUUCAGGUCACAUGACAGAAGGCUUUGCUAUUGAUUGGUCACCCAAAGUACCUGGUCGUUUGGUUAGUGGUGAUUGCAAGAAGAACAUUCAUGUGUGGGAACCACGGGAGGGUGGGACUUCCUGGCAGAUUGACCAACGACCGUUCAGCUCCCAUAGCAAGUCUGUAGAGGACUUGCAGUGGUCACCCACAGAAGCAACGGUGUUUGCUUCCUGCUCAGUGGACCAGUCCGUCCGCAUCUGGGACAUCCGGGCUCCGCCUAACUCCAUGCUCUCGGCAGAUGAGGCACACUCCUCAGAUGUUAAUGUCAUCAGCUGGAAUCGGAGUGAACCAUUUCUGCUGUCAGGGGGUGAUGAUGGACUGCUAAAAGUGUGGGAUCUAAGGCAGUUUAGGUCUGGCCGAGCCGUUGCCACCUUCAAGCAGCACAGCGCCCCCGUGACCUCCGUGGAGUGGAAUCCACUGGACUCAAGCAUCUUUGCUGCCUCUGGCGCGGACGACGUGGUCAGCCAAUGGGAUCUUUCGGUGGAGUCAUGUGACGUGGGUGAAACCGCCGCAGGCUUAAAGGAGCUGCCGCCGCAGCUGCUGUUCCUCCAUCAGGGUCAGACGGAGGUGAAAGAAAUCCACUGGCACCCGCAGCUGCCUGGAGUUUUAAUAUCCACGGCUCUGUCAGGCUUCAACGUGUUCAGGACUAUCUCCGUUUAGAGUGUGUUACCCCCAUCCCCCCCCCC